CGGCGCCGCCGUUUGUGGGUUGGCUGGUUAUUUUGCAAACGGGAGGGGCUGUGCGCGCUCCUGCCUCCGGCCUCUGUCCCCCCACCCCUUUCCCCGGUCCCGGUCUCUCCUUCGGAAAGAUGUCGGACACGGCAGUGGCUGACACUCGGCGCCUUAACUCGAAGCCGCAGGACUUGACCGACGCUUACGGACCGCCAAGUAACUUCCUGGAGAUCGACAUCUUUAAUCCACAGACGGUGGGCGUGGGCCGCGCGCGCUUCACCACCUAUGAGGUUCGCAUGCGGACAAACCUACCCAUCUUCAAGCUGAAGGAGUCCUGUGUCCGGCGGCGCUACAGUGACUUUGAGUGGCUAAAAAAUGAGCUGGAGCGAGAUAGUAAGAUUGUAGUACCACCGCUGCCUGGGAAAGCCUUGAAGCGGCAGCUCCCUUUUCGAGGAGAUGAGGGGAUCUUUGAGGAGUCUUUCAUUGAAGAAAGGAGGCAGGGCCUCGAACAGUUUAUUAACAAAAUUGCUGGGCACCCACUGGCUCAGAACGAACGCUGCCUACACAUGUUCCUGCAGGAGGAGGCAAUUGACAGGAACUACGUCCCUGGGAAGGUGCGCCAGUAGGAGCCCCUCUCACCACUUGCCCUCUACUUUCCUGCUGAAAUUGACAUUGGUUUUUACACUAAGCCUCUCUCUCUCUCUUUGAUCUGAAGUUGACUGCCCAUCCCUUGGCCCGAUAGACUGGCUGGCAUUGUGUUCCUUGGUACCUGACUACACCGUGGGCACUCUGCUAGGAUCCUCUUCUCUAAGGAGAGGUGGGAACCACAGGCAGAUGCCCUUUGCUUGGGGUGCGGGUGGGGGGAUUGGACUGGAAGGUAAUUUCUUGGGCAUUUACCCAUGCCAGAAGGCAAAUCUUAUGGGGGGGCGGGUCUUGUGCUGGUGGGGCACUUGGACACAUACUGAUGUUGCAAGUCCAGGGGAUUUUCUUACUCUUAGGUUUAACCAGGAACGCUGAGCAGGGAUAGCCCUGCGUUUCCUACCUGCAUGAACUUUUUCCUUUUUGGGAAGGUGGUAGAGACUCAGAUGUUCUCCUUGUUUUCUCGAGGCCUGCUCCCAGUUUUCUCAACAGUUUCUUUUGUUUCUUUCUCUCUCCCUCGUUGCUUUCCAUGGCAGUAAAUCCUCCUAGAGUCUAAGCAGUCUGUUGUGUGGAGCAAGGUGUGUGGGUGUUCUGGGCCCUUCAUCAUGGCUGCUUCAGAGUCAGAAGAAAGCCAUAGGGCAGUAGGAGAACUCUUGUUGUCUAGCCCCUCUCUUUUGUGGCUCCCCACUCUGGCUGCCUGUUCCUGCUCAUCAGCAGGUGAGUCAGUGUGGGCCAGCAGUUCUCCCUCCCCAAGCCCUUGCUACCUUAUAGGUUGGCUUUGCAGGUUUGGUGGCUUGAGGGGUGGGGGCAACUCACCACUGCCAGGUAACUCCCUAAAGGGUGGGAGUGGAUCAUUUUCUGGGUACCUCCCAGCGGUGGGGAAGGGCAUCACUACCCUCCCCAUUCCAUUCUCCCUCCCCCGCCAUCCCAUUUAGCGCUGCCAUAGGGCAGAAGCACAUGAACAAACCACACAGUCUCUGACUUCUAAGCACUUUGAGCUGUUGAAUGGGGCUCAGGGGCAAGAGUUGUCGCUGCCCUCCACAGCUUGGUCACAGGGUUAUUGAACUGCCUGCACUCCUUGCCCGUGGAACUCCAGCAUUCUCCCCAGAAUCUGAGCUAGCGUUAGCAGCUGGGUAUGGAUGUUCCAAAUCUGAGAGUCUGAAGCGGCUUUCCUGGGCUUCUGUUUGGAAGAUAGUGGUUUGUUUGCUGGGGCCUGAUACCCGUCUCCAGUGGUGGGAUGGGAGCAAGUUAACUGCUGUCAUGUCAAAAGUGGGGACACUGCUUAGACUCUCGUCAUGGAAGGAUUGGAGUUCUCUAUACAGGGUCUUGGGGAAAAGGAUUAUGGAGUCUAACAAGACCCUGGUCAGAGAGAUUAAGAUUGCAUUUUGACAUGGGAUUUGGAGUCCUUCUGAAUGUUGAAGUUCCCUGAGACAGAUCAGCUCUCCAGCUGCUGAGCCUGUACCAGGGGCUGAGCAGCCCCUAGAGAGAGGCUCUGCUCCCUUUCCCAUCUCCCCAAUGUUGGUGUUGUCUCUGCCUUUUUGAUUUGUAUCCUCUGUUACUAACUUUUUUUAAAGAGUUCUUCCUUCAUUGUGCACAAAUGCUGAAAGCCUGAGGCCCCAUUUCUGCUGUGUAUAUAUCCUGACUCGGGGCUUUUAUUCAGCAUACUGUUCAUUCUUCUGUCAGACAAUGUCAUAUUCAACUGUUCAUAUUAAACCACUGUGAAGCAA